AUGGCACCACCGCCGCCUACGCCGUGUCGGCCGCCCGCCCCUUCUAUUCGUGGCUCCUCGUGGCGCCAACCGUCGCCUGUCCAGACUCCGGACUGCACCACACGCACACUCGCCUUCGACUCGGCAGCAUCCAGCGCAGCGGACGAGGCCAGCGCCCGAGCAAAGAAGCGUCGACGGAGAGUGACUCAAGCUGCAGCCUUUAUCACGGCGCGAAGACCGCUGGACACGGAGCAGGACGACGACGAAGAGACCAAAGACGCAGAGUCCAUGUGGACAUCCAAGAGCGGAGAGGACGCUGUACGACAUCCCACGCACUCGGCAGGACAUUUAGAAAACAAUAAGCACGCGAUGAAGCCUCCAUUGACGAAUCAGAAGACAACGAGAGGUGUCCAGAAGGACAAUCGACAGGCAACGAUGGACAGACUGAGACAACUGGUGAAAAAGUGCAGUGCGCAGCACCACGCGGCGUCCGCGCUCUUCUACGCCGACAAACUGGUGACCAUGUCCCCUAGAAACGAGAACGACGUGCUGCUGUUUGCAGACGCGUGCUACUUGAACCGAGAGUUCCACCGAGCUAUCCACGCCAUCAAGAAGGCCAGACUCACGGACGUAGAGAGCGCCAAGGGGAUGGCGGUGCCCAGUCGCGUGGCACUGAGAGCCGUUCUACUGCUUGGCAGGUGUAUGCUGGCUAUCAAGCAGAAGCAGGAGAGUCUGGAGCUACUGGGAUCGGUGCUGCCCGACCGGGAACAGGACGUGGUGCUGUUUGCGAAGAAGGUGCAGCAGGUGAAUACAGGAGAAGAACAGGCGGAGGGGAUCAAUGUGGUGUCAUCGUUGGCACUGCUGAUGGGCGAGACGUUUGAGGCCAUCGGAAAUCGGGAAAACGCCACGGUCUACUUUCGCAUUGCGCUGCGGUGUGACGUUCACUGCUCGGAGGCGUUCUUUCAUCUCUUUGACAAGCAAAUGCUGUCGCCCCAAGAAGAGAAGGAGCUGGUAGCGUCGCUGGACUUUUCGACGGAUGAAAUGCAUCUACUGGAGCUGUUGUAUCCGACUCACGUGGGGAAGAACAUCACGAGAGCUGAGACGUAUUAUUAUCAGCACGACAUUCAGCAGGCACACGAAAUUUGUGAAAGUGUUCGCGAGAAGGACCCAUUCAAUUUCCGCGUAAUUUCAGUGUAUGUGGGUACAUUAGUGGAACUUGGAAAGAAACGAGAGCUUUACCACUACGCACACCAAAUGGUGGAUGUGUACCCCACAAAAGCUUCAGCCUGGUACACUGUGGGCUGCUACUAUCUCCUGAUCCAGAAAUAUGACGCUGCACAAAGAUAUUUCCACAAAGCGACAUCUCUAGAGCCGAGCUACGCGCCAGCCUGGAUCGGAUUUGGGAACUCUUUCGCUGCCCAGGAUGAAAGUGACCAGGCCAUGUCAUCCUACCGGACUGCUCUGAGUCUUUUUCCUGGUUCCCAUUUGCCACCUCUGUACAUGGGCAUGGAGUAUCUUCGUACCAACAACUUAGUCCAAGCUAAGGAGUUUAUUCGUCAAGCGAGCGUUAUCUGCCCAACGGACCCAUUGGUUUACAACGAAUUGGGCAGCGUGUACUACAAGGAAAAGGACUAUCCUACAGCGAUCGAGAUGUUCAGUAAGGCUCUUCAGUUGUGCGAGGGCCUUCCAGAGAAGAAUGAGCUCACUCGCAUGUUUGUCUGUGAUUCCUGCAUCCAGUCCUCCAUUCUUGCUGCUCUGGGCUUCACCUAUCACAUGAAGGGCAAUCUAGAAGAAGCGAUCGAGUCUUACCAUUCGUGGGUCAUCUGUUCUAAUGAUCAUUGCAUUAUGUAG